CUCUGCUGAUCUUAUUGGAAGAAAAUAUUAUUCUGAAUACUAUUCUGAAAUGCGCUCAUGAGCACCAACUGUAAAUGCUUGAAAAGACAAGAGGCCUUGAUUUCAGUCUAAAUGAGGCAUUCUAAAACACUGUGAGAAAAGUCUGUUAUGAUGCGUAUCUCCUGAGAAACCAUGCCUUUUUUGGGCCAAGACUGGAGGUCCCCUGGAUGGAGAUGGGUUAAAACAGAAGAUGGAUGGAAACGAUUUGAACCCUUCAGCCCUGCACUUGAGAACAAGAAUAAUCAGCUUAAUGACAUCAGUCACACUGUCAUUUUAACUGGUGAUGAAGAAAUAUACACUACAGAGGAUUGUGAAUUUGCAGCCAAGAAAAGGAAAAAAGACCACUGUAGGAAUAACACAGAUUCACAAUGUUUUUAUCGUGAAAAUUGGAUUUAUGUCCAUAAGGAAAGCACCAGAGAAAGACAUGGCUAUUGUACCCUGGGAGAAGCUUUUAAUCGCUUAGAUUUUUCAAGUGCAAUUCAGGACAUCAGAAGGUUCAAUUACGUGGUCAAACUCUUGCAGUUAAUUGCAAAGUCCCAGUUAACUUCACUGAGUGGUGCAGCACAGAAGAACUACUUUAACAUUUUGGACAAAAUUGUGCGGAAAGUCAUGGAAGACCAAUAUAAUCCACGAUUAAUCAAAGAUCUCCUACAGGAUUUGAGUUCUACUCUUUGUAUACUAAUUAGGGGAGUAGGAAAAUCUGUUCUGGUUGGAAACAUUAAUAUUUGGAUUUGCCGAUUAGAAACUAUUCUUUUGUGGCAACAACAACUAAAAAACCUUCAGAUGAACAAGCAAGUCAACAAUGGUCUUACGCUUAGUGAUCUCCCUUUGCAUAUGCUGAGUAACAUCUUGCACAGGUUCUCUGAUGGCUGGGACAUUAUUACCUUAGGGCAAGUGACCCCAACUCUGUACAUGCUCAGUGAAGACAGACAGCUGUGGAAAAAACUAUGCCAGUACCAUUUUGCAGAAAAACAGUUUUGUAGGCAUUUGAUUCUAUCAGAGAAAGGCCAUAUUGACUGGAAGCUGAUGUACUUUGCACUUCAGAAAUGCUACCCAAUAAAGGAGCAGUACGGAGACACCUUGCAUUUCUGUCGACAUUGUAGUAUUCUCUUCUGGAAGGAUGGAGGACACCCCUGUACAGCCAGUGAUCCAAACACCUGUCUUAUGCCAGUAUCUCCUCAGCAUUUCAUUGACCUCUUCAAAUUUUGAGAUGUUCAGUAGCUGUUCUCCUGUGUUGUGGCCAUUUUUGUGAGGAGUCAGGCAGGAUCUGUCAUGCUUCUUGUGCAAUAUAUUUAAUUGUUAUGUUUUGUUGUCAUUUAUAAAAUGGAUAUGGGGGGACCUUAUCAGACAGGUAUAUUUGGAGUGUUGGUUUUCAGCAGAAGAGAGCUGAGGAGGAGAAAAUACUUAAUCUUUGUUAGGGAAUCUGCAUUGAAUGACCAUUUUAAUUGUGAUUUUAAAUACAUUUUUGAUGCCUUAAUCAGUUAAAAUAAUCAGUUAAAACCAUGUGGAAGAGUUUUCUGAAAAUUUCUUGGAAGAGUUAAAUUAUUCUUACAGGGACCAAAGGAGUUUUUUUGCUGAUUCCUCUUUCUUUAAGUCACUGUUUUCAAAACACUUCCAUAUAACUUACACCAUUAUAAAGAAUAGGCCAAUAAUUCUCUUGGACUUGUAUCAGUUACCAUCAAGGCAUUAAUUGUUGUGAGUUAGUGAAUAAAAUAUAGCUGUAGUUAUAUAUCUGAACCUAUAAAUAAAGGAAAUAACCAAUUUUUUGUAUGUACAUUAUGCAAAAAUUCUUAUUUUUCUUAAGAGGACUUUAUUAAAUAUAUAACCGAUCUCAGCACACUCUAACUCAGAGACAUCUGGGGCUACUGGAAAGUGACUUUUGUAGCUGCAGCUUUUACUUACAAUGCAAAUGCAACUGCAUUAAUUCAUCUUCUAAGAAGAAGACAUUACCAAAACUUAAUGAGAAUGGAGUUGCUUGUUUCUAGACUGUGUCAGGACAAUGCAAACUGAGGUUCCAACCUGACAAGCUAUGGAAAAUCCUGGAAGGUAGUCUGAGGUGAAGCACCUUCUGCUAGGUUAAUCAGGUAACAAAUUCUCUGGGAAGUUAUCUUACUCUAUUCUAUAAAGCAAAAGUAAUUGCUGAGCUGCAAUUUUUCCUUUACCUGUCUGAGAAGUGUUGGUAUUGUUGAUGAAAUUUAACCAAUAAUGUGUGAUGUACAGAAAAAUAAAACUUACUAUAUUCUGCGCUUGCUUAUUCUGAAUCUAGUUUUGCACAGUGUAAUAAAUCAUGGUUUUUAUUA